GUGACAGGAGGCUACCAGAAUGGCAACUACCUUGCUUUGUAACAUGGUAUUUCUGCUGGUAUUUGGAUUGGCUUCAGCUUUUAGUCACAGCCCUAGGACCCCCGAUAGGGUUUCUGAAGCAGAUAUUCAGAGGCUCCUCCACGGAGUUAUGGAACAACUAGGCAUUGCCAGACCCCGAGUAGAAUAUCCAGCACACCAGGCUAUGAACCUGGUUGGGCCACAGAGCAUUGAAGGUGGUGCACAUGAGGGUCUCCAGCACUUGGGUCCUUAUGGCAAUAUCCCAAAUAUUGUGGCUGAGCUGACAGGCGACAACGUACCAAAGGAUUUCAGUGAAGAUCAAGGAUAUCCUGAUCCUCCAAAUCCCUGCCCCAUUGGAAAAACAGUUGACGAUGGGUGUCUAGAAAACACCCCAGACACAGCAGAGUUCAGCAGAGAAUACCAACUGCACCAACACCUUUUUGAUCCAGAGCAUGACUAUCCCAACAUGGGCAAGUGGAGCAAGAAUUUACUCUUUGAGAAGAUUAAUGGUGGUCCAAAAAGAAGAAAGAGGAGUGUGAACCCGUAUCUGCAAGGACAGCGACUGGAUAAUGUUGUAGCAAAGAAGUCUGUUCCACAUUUUUCAGAUGAAGACAAGGGUCCUGAAUAAGUACAAUAAAAAAGAAUGAUGAAGACUCAUGCCAUCUUCUGCUAGAUCAUAAUAUUGCUUAUAUAUAAUCAUCUAUUAAAAUCCUUGUGAAUGGCAGCAUGUUUAUUAUUUAUAUAAUUGUAGAUGAAAAACAGCUGUAUUUAUAACAGUAUGUUCUCCUAGAUAACGAAAAUACGGUUCUGCUUUUUGUUAAGUUAUGGUAAAAGGACAGUUUUGUUGUUUUUAUUUUAGUCAUGGAGCAAACUUUAAAAAUAUUAGUCAUUUUAAUAGCUAACGUGAGGUAAAUGGUCUUAAUGAGCAGCUUGUAAAUAGGGAGAGGUAAAAAAAUGCCCAGUCCGACUCCAACAUUUAAUCUUAAAUUUUACUAUGUUUGACACAUGAAAAUUAUAGUUUUAUGUUUUGUUCACAAAUAUUGUUACUUAGCAAAGACAAAGUAUUUAUUUUACCCAGAGAAUUUUGGCUUUUGGUCUAUUUUAAUAAACAUUUAAGCAAUCUACAAGGUUUGCAAAGUGACAGUUUCCAAAAUAUUUCAUAAGCUAAUCUGUCUCAAUUAUUGCUAUGCUAAUUUAAAAAUGAAAGAACUGAUUUUUGAGUUUAGCCACUAGAAUAUUUUUCUGUUAGUUUUAAUCGUGCUGUGUCCACACCUUUCCUGAACACUUCCAUAUCUUAUUUCCUUAUCAAUGGUACUUUUAGAAAUUAAUCCUCCUCCCUUUUUUUUCACUUUGAGUAACAGCAACAUUUGUAAAUUAUGAAGUGCUUAAAUUAUGUGUCCUUGGAAUAUUAUAAGUGAAGAUGGAGACGUUUGUCUAUGUUAUUAAAGCUCUAUCAACAUACAUUGACUCCAAACGCAGGAUCAUCCAUCUGAUGGUCUUCUGAAAAGCUACGAUACUCUAAUAACAAUGGGGGCCAUCACUGCUCUUGAAACUGCUCCAGGAAGCUUAAAUAGCCUUCUUCCCUGAGGAGCUGAACUUUAUGCUGCAGCAAACUGAGUUCCCCCUUUCCUAAAGAUGCACUGAAAAUAUAACAUGAUAUAAAAUGUUGUUAUUUUUCAGGAUGCAUCUGGAAUAGUAAAAACCAAACAAGCCACGUGCACAAAUGGCAUUGGGAUUAUGGAAAAUAACAUUAGUUUCUAGCUUUGAAAAAUUCUAUACUUUCCUUCACUAGUCUUACAAAAAGACGCAGCAAAAUAACAAUGACCGCUUACAUAAAAUAUGUAAGAAACUAAUGGAAACUGAAGUUCCUCUCCACAUUAGGUUAAAGUUAACAGAACAUCACGAAUCUGUGCCUGGCGUUUGCUUCUCCUGUCCUAGCACUUAGUGAAUAAUUCAUAAUAAAUUAUGUAUUCACAGAGUUGUUCCUCUCUCAAAUUAUUUAUGGGUAGAUUGCACAGUUCUGUAACGUUCUAGGCUAAAUUAUAAUGUCUUUCAUCAUAGUUCCUGUUUUCUUGUAAAGAAUGCUAGAAGAGAAAAUUACUCUAAAGAGUAUGUAAUGUAGUGAGAUUUGUAACUGCGUGUGACGUGAAAGGUGAAAUGCUGAGUUCCUUCAACUUCCAGUGCCUUAAACGGAGGACGGGGGUAACCCAGCUGUUCACGUGGCUGAGCUUGUUUUCUCUGCUACUUACACUUACUCUUUAAUCUGUGCUCCUGCUUAUUCUUCAUUCAGGUAUUGAGAGCUGCAGAAUGCAUAAAUGACUAACCAUCAUCAUCGUUAUAAAGUCUCUCCAGAACAGAAGGGGCUGUAGAGCAGGGCAAGAAUUUGAAAGCAGAACUCCCCAUUGACAGCCAGUGGCUCACGGUAGGCAAAAUAUUAAUUCCCUUCUACCCGGUCCUACAGCCAGACACUGUUGCAGUCACAGUCUAGUUAGUCAAGGGCUGGAUUUCCAUUCCUAAGAAACUAGUAUUUCUUUAGAUACUCAACUGUCUUAUCUACUUUUAAAGUAAUUUGAGCUACACACUGGCCUUAUUUUAUUAGCUACAGUAAAAUCCAUUUUAAUCACUUCCUAGAUGAAAAGCAACAAGCGAGAAGGUGACUCAUUUUUCAAGCUCUUAAUAGGGACCAGCACACAAUAAAAGGUUACAUGUGGUAACUGCACGGCUUAAAGAGGGAGGGGUAGGGAGGUACGAUUUGCUUAACAGUGUCAGAAAUCCCAUGUCCGAUGCCUUUCAGCACCCCAGCUCGGUUAGCUUAAGCGGCUGCGUAGCGAUGUGAUAAUCAGGCACUGCCAACUGGCCAGAGGAGUACAGCGAUCCCUCUCCGUACGCUUCGUUACCCUAGCGCGGCCUGAGGAGCUGCCCGCCCAGCUGCGCUAGAUCUGCACUGAGCAGCCGAAAGAAAAAAUGAUACAACUUAGAAAUUUUUGUCUUUAAAUACAAACAAAAUGAAACUCUUUACGCUGCACAACACGACGACGUGCCUUACAGGAGCUGCCUGCUAGAUGAAACCAAAUGUCUCGCAGUAAGCAGCAAUCUGCUCAUUCCGUUCAGCAGAUUUAGUGUUUGGCCAGGAAAAUUCAACAGCAUGACUGUGAAAUUUCAACAAAAAUAUAGCUAUUAUACCAUGAUUCUAAUUUCAGCUCCAUGGUAGAGCAGCCUUCCUAACUGGGAUUGUUAGUGCCGUUUUCAUUAAAAAACAAAAGCGAGCUAAAAGUCAGACACUCCCAACAUGUUCAAACAUUUAGAUGUCGUUUUUAUACAAAGAAUCCCCACAGUGCUGGUCUUUCAGAAUCAACGAAUAAAGACACCACAUAUCCCCCUCAAUAAGAGCUCACACCACCAAAAAGAUAUUUACAAGGAGGUGAACAGCUGGUCAGCUCUCACAGGUAUCAUCAUCUGUUUGCCUUUAUGAUACUUGUACAUUAAGUAGCUCCUGUAUUGCUAUUGCUUAGAAUUUUCAUUAUCUGGCAAUCAGAAUGUUUUUAGGUAUUUUACAAACUGCAAGUGUGUUUUUGAGAUACAAUUUGCUUGAAAGAAGCUAUACAGAGUAAAGUAUACUGCCAUGCAACAUUA